CUUUGAGUCAUUGUUAGCUUGACGCGCUGCUCCCGUUACUGGAAUCUAGACGGUUCAACCACGAGUGUCUUCAUCUUGGAAAUAAUCGAUAAAAUAAGGGAAUAUUUCAGUUUUGGACAACAUCUGGACGUCGUGUCUGUUCGCUGCUCCAUAAUGGCGUCCGCUGUUUGCUCUGCUGGAGGGUUUUCGUGGUGAAAAACAGAAAAAAGGUUGAUCUGUCGCCUCCCCAGAUGUGGCCGCUACCUCUGCUGAGACUCCUGUUCAUGAACGGCGAGGACGCUUCGAUCGAGCGACUGUGGCUCGGCCUGGAGGGAUGACAGGACAUUAGCAGACAUGGAGACAGGGGAGACACACAGAGAGCUGGAAACACCAUAUUUACUUAGUCUAGAUUCUCCUCAUUAGAUCCCCCUCAGGAUAAGAGUAAACCCUAUUUUUAUAUUUUUUAUUCAGAGCUGUUUUUGUUAGUUAUUGUGAAGCCAUACAUACGCAGGCGUCAGGAUGAGCUCGGAGGGUUUUCAGUACCGGGCGCUGUACGACUACAAGAAGGAGAGGGAGGAGGACAUCGACCUGCACGUCGGAGACAUGCUGCUGGUCAGUAAAGGAGCGCUGCUCGCUCUCGGCUGCAGCAACGGAGCUGAGGAACGACCGUCUGAGAUCGGAUGGCUGCCGGGCUUCAACGAAACCACACAGGAAAAAGGCGACUUCCCGGGGACGUACGUGGAGUUUGUUGGCAGGAAGAGGAUGUCCCCGCCCACGCCAAAGCCCCGCCCACCCAGGCCGCCAUCGGCAGCGUCGGUGAGAGCCGACUCUGAGUCCGAGGGUUUCGUGUUGCCGGACCUCCCCGAGCAGUUCGGACCCCCGGACACGGCCCCUCCCCUCCUCAGCAGACUGAUGGAAGCCAUAGAGACCAAAGGUCUGGACAGUCCCAGUGUGUAUCGCAGUGUGAGUGGAGGAGGACUGGACACCCGACAGCUGGCCGACACUGACCUGGAGCAGCUGGAGGUGUCGUCCCUGUGUGAUGGGGUGGUCCGGUUCCUGCUGGACCUGCCUGGUCCCGUCCUCCCGUCCUCGCUGCAGGCCGACAUGAUCCAUGCGGUGCAAGAGGUCCGAGACCUGGAGGACUGCGCCCAGGUGCUGCGGGGUGUGGCGAGCUCGCCGGGCUGCCCGGCCCAGUACGGCCUGACCCUGCUGAGCGUGGUCCGACACCUCGCCCGGCUCUGUUUGCACGGCUCCAGAAACCAGCUGAGCCCCCGAAACCUGGCUGAGAGCUUCAGUCCACUGCUGUUCAGACAGACCGCAGGGUCUGAGUCCAGUCCAGAUCCUCUGGUUCAGGUCCUGGAGGUUCUGAUAACCAGCGAGCUCAACAUGAACCAGGCUGCACCAGCUUUACCUCCUAAACCAGUGAAGCCGUCGACUCCAGCACCUUCCAGUAGUUUUAACAACAGUAUGGCUCUGCAGGACGCUGAGUGGUACUGGGGAGACAUUUCCAGAGAGGAGGUGAAUGAGAAGCUGAGAGACACAGCCGACGGUACAUUUCUGGUCCGAGACGCCUCCACUAAGAUGCACGGAGAUUACACUCUGACUCUGAGGAAAGGAGGCAACAAUAAACUGAUAAAGAUUUUCCACCGAGAGGGGAAGUACGGCUUCUCCGACCCUUUAACCUUCAGCUCGGUGGUGGAGCUGAUCAACCAUUACCGCCACGAGUCUCUGGCCCAGUACAACCCCAAACUGGACGUCAAGCUGCUCUACCCGGUCUCCAAACACCAACAGGACCAGGUGGUGAAGGAGGACAGCAUCGAGGCUGUGGGGAAGAAACUCCACGAGUACCACCUGCAGUACCAGGAGAAGAACCGAGAGUAUGACCGACUGUAUGAGGAGUACACCAGGACGUCACAGGAGAUCCAGAUGAAGAGGACGGCCAUCGAGGCCUUCAACGAGACCAUAAAGAUCUUCGAGGAGCAGUGUCAGACUCAGGAGCGCUUCAGCAAAGAGUACAUCGAGAAGUUUCGCCGAGAGGGCAACGACAAGGAGAUCCAGAGGAUCAUGGAGAACUACGAUAAGCUGAAGUCUCGGAUCAGUGAGAUCGUGGACAGUAAACGCCACCUGGAGGUGGAUCUGAAGAAACAGGCGGCCGACUACAGAGAGAUUGACAAGAAGAUGAACAGCAUCAAACCAGACCUGAUCCAGCUCCGCAAGACCAGGGACCAGUACCUCAUGUGGCUGACCCAGAAGGGAGUUCGUCAGAGGAAACUGAACGAGUGGCUCGGCCUGAAAAACGACACCACAGAGGAUGAGUACAGUAUGGUGGAAGAUGAGGAGGACCUUCCUCAUCACGACGAGCGUCUGUGGCGUUUGGGAAACAUCAACCGCAGUCAGGCCGAGGCUCUGCUCCGAGGGAAGAGGGACGGCACCUUCCUGGUCCGAGAGAGCAGCAAACCGGGCUGCUACGCCUGCUCCGUGGUGGUGGAUGGGGAGGUGAAACACUGCGUCAUCAACAAGACGAGCACCGGUUAUGGUUUUGCGGAGCCUUACAACCUGUACGGAUCCCUGAAGGAGCUGGUGCUGCACUACCAGCACACCUCGCUGGUCCAACACAACGACUCGCUCAACGUCACGCUGGCCUUCCCCGUCUACAGCCAGCAGAGACGGUGACCCGCCCGGUUCCUCCCGAUUUAUCCCGUCAUCGCAGACCAGCAGCCAGACCUUGUUUACACACCCGACCCUCCCAGAACACGAGCCGGCCCGUCGGUCCAACGCGUCUCACCAAAACAAGUCUUUCUUCACAGACCAGUACCGUACAUUUCACUCUGAACACGUCAUCUUUAAAGCUCUCUAUGAUAACUUGCCACAAUAACGAUCAGACACAAACAGUCCUGGUGCUGCAGACCUCAGUGACAACACUUUUACUGUUUAGUUCAGUGAAGACAACGAAGCUUCACAUCCUGCUUAACACUUAGUCACAUCCUGUAUGAAUCGACUACAACUCUGUCAAAACAUUUUACUGUGAAAGUCAUCGAGUAGAGUUUUAACUGCCUGUGAGGAUGUAGGGUGGGCAAACAGUUCAUUGAAAGUAAAAAUGAUGUCUAGUUUUCCUCCGACUCUGAAUUUCCUGCUCAGUGUAAAAAAGCAAAAUGAAUGACAAUAUUCACACUUUAUUGUAAGGUGCUGCUUAGAACUGAGUUUUAUUUUAAGUAACAAAAAUCAGCUCCUGCACAUUUAAAGGUUAACAACAACAAAUCCAUAAAUACUAACUAUAGAUGCUUUAAAAAUCAAUAACAUGUCUGAAGAUCUCUGCACCCAAAUGUAACUGGAACGAUCACAUCACAUUUUGUUUUCGAAUUGUGCAAACAUAGUCAGAAAGUACCUAAGAAAUAAAGUUUGUAUUUCUCCACUCUUAAACCAAACAAUAUAUUUCCAGUUGGCGAGAACCAGUCUUGCGUAUGAAUGCAGCCUUACGGUGUCUGAUUCUCGGUGCUAAUGGACCCAUUUCAGUCAGAACCUGAAGAGUAUUAGGGCUAGAUCUUGAGCUCCUCCUUUUGUUCAUGAAGUCAUGGAGCAGAUUUUAAAUGAUUGGGAGUUUUAUUUUCUGACAGCACUUAAAUGAGACUCACUCCUGACGGCUUCUCAUCCUCAACAAAACACUACAUCCACUCAGUCCCAGUUUAGUGAUUUAGUAGUAAUUCUGUCGCAUAGGUGCAAAAAAACUUGGUGAAAAAGUAUGGUCGUGUGUGUCAGGGUUCAAAGUGACUUCAAGCUAAAACAGGCGGUUAACAUUGUUCUUUACUGUCUGGUAGUUUUCUCCUGAAGCUCUGUGAGGUUUUAUUUGACAGUGGGUAGAUUUAGUUGCCGUCAUGACUCCAGGUCCAGACUUUUAGAGGUUUCCCGGUUUACUGUCUGUGGAGAAACAAGGUACUGAACGGUCAGAGGUCGAGCUGGUCUGGACUGAGCUGCAGCCAAGGACGAGCAGAGGUCUGGUUUUAAAAUGACGGACUCCUCCUUUAAUCAUAGCACUGAACUGCUGGUGAAGUAGAACAGAACCACGACUGGACCGGUCUCUGGAGCUACAUCUGGACUGAUGAUGAUGAUGAUGAUGUCAGAUACAAAAUGGUGGACAAUCCUGAGCGAGACGUCUUGCAAAACACUGUGAGUGACUCUGAACGAGGUUUAAAACGAGGACGAAUCAGCCGUUCCGCAUUUCAUAUCAGGAGAAAAAAAACUGCACCCCCCCCACUUCAACCAAAGCCUCCCCCACCCCCCAACCUUCCCUCCCAUCUCACCCCCUCCAAAAUAAUCUCAUCAGCAGUGUUUUCCAGGUUCCCGUUCCUUCAGCUUUCAUUUGGACGUUGGAGUUUUGCAGAGUUGGACAGACGAUUCUUUUAUUCUUUCAUUUCAAUAGACUGUCACCCCAAGUCCUGGUCCUGGAUACUCAAAGAUCCACUUGUGCUGGAUCAAAACUGGGAGUCUAUAAAAAAAAAAUCAGGAAUGACGAGAACUGGAUCUGAUUUUGACUUUUGCAUCCAAACCCUUCUGGAAUUAACCCCCAAGUUGUUUCAUGGACUCGUGGACGAUUCAACGUUUAGGUGAUGUAAAACGAUAGAAAUCGGAAUCACCGCAUUUUGUCUUUAUGGAUUAUUUUUUCCUUUUAAGACAUGACUUCUUUAAAGAGACAGCAGGUACAGGAGAUGAAACGAGGACUGGAGGGAUUCUGUUCUUCGUGGGAAACACCUGGAAACGCCCUCACCUUUGGAGUCUAGCUUUUUUUUUCCCUCUAAGCUUCCAUCUGUUUCAGAAUCAGCACAUAUUUACAAAACGUUUGGAAAUGUCCUAAUUUUUUCAAGCUCUCUCUAUAUAUAUUUUAUUUUCUGAAUAUUGUGUGUAACACCUGGUAGAUUCUGUGAUGGAGGAACAGCUCAAAUAAAAACCGAACUGCUGGUGAACAAGAACAAAAUCCUGUAACAUUAGACCAUAAGAAGUCAUGAAAAGUUAAUUGUUUAGGAUCUCUGAUGAAUAAAAACAGUUGGUCUGAUUAUCUGAAGGCCUUUAUACUGAAAACCUGGAA